GCGGCAUGGCCCUGAACGUGCUUUUCAAUGGCCGCAAAAAGCAAAUAAAAUGCUCGCCCAACAGCACCAUGCAGACUGCGCUCGAGCACGCCUGUCGAGAGCACGGCAUUGGUGAGGCAGCAUGGACGGGCUACAUUCUACUCUACAAAAAAGGUCCCAUCGAUCUCUCCCAACCUUUUCGGUUCACGGGGAUUCCGAACAACGCCGCGCUUGAAUUGAGUGAGACGACCUCGUCCUCCCUGCCUGGACCUGGAGGCAGCAGAGGCGUGGGGCACAAGGUCCGCGUAGGCCUUCAACUUGAGGGAGGGCGGCGUCUCACAGGGAGCUUUGAUCCAGAGACCUCCUUGGCCGACAUCCUGGUCCAAUGCUCC